AUGACGGUUGAAGCAUCGCCUUCUGAGCCCUUGAGGAAAUUAGAGGGCCGUAUGCUUUUUCAGAGCAUCGGGUGCCCUACCAAGAUAGUGGCGCCAAUGGUGGAUCAGUCUGAACUGGCUUGGAGGAUUUUGUCACGGAGAUACGGAGCGACUCUAGCUUAUACGCCUAUGUUUCAUGCGAAAUUGUUUGCAACGUCUGAAAAAUACCGUAAGGAUAUGUGGUGCCAUCUGGAUGGUGAUCCAGAGACUGAUCGGCCUCUGAUUGUUCAGUUUUGUGCGAAUGAUCCCGAAUACUUGCUUGCAGCUGCAAAGUUGGUGCAAGGCAAAUGUGAUGCCGUAGACCUCAAUUUAGGGUGUCCGCAGGGAAUUGCGAAAAAGGGUCAAUACGGCUCUUUCCUUAUGGAAAAGUGGGAUCUGAUACAUAAGCUUAUUAGGACUCUUCAUGACAACUUGGACAUACCUGUGACGGCCAAAAUACGCGUGUUUCCCGAACGCCAGAAGACGCUGGAUUAUGCGAAAAUGGUUUUAGAUGCAGGAGCCCAAUUUUUGACUGUACAUGGAAGGUUACGAGAGCAAAAGGGUCAAAAAACAGGACUGGCUGACUGGGAAAUGAUCAAGUUUUUACGUCAUAAUCUUCCUAAAGAUACCGUAUUCUUUGCGAACGGUAACAUUCUCUAUCCGGAGGACAUUUCCAGGUGUGUUGAGCACAUUGACUGUGAUGCUGUUAUGAGUGCAGAGGGCAAUCUUUACAACCCAGGCGUCUUCAACACCGACCAUAUCGAGGACAAGGAUAAAGUGUUCCCGAGGGUCGAUAAACUCCUUAGAGAAUAUUUUGAAAUCGUAAAAUCACUUGGUGAGUCUCAUGCCUCAAAAAUCGCCAUGAAGUCGCAUUUUUUUAAAAUUCUGCGACCAUUUCUACCCAAUCAUACUGAAAUUAGGGCAAACCUCUCUGGAAUGAGUGCGAAAAAUUCCUUUGAUGUAUGGGAAGAACAGGUUGUCAGACAAGUAGAACAAGUUGUUCAAACCAUUUUUCAGCAAGACAAUAUCACAGAGCUGGACAAGGUAUCUACUGGAGAAGUGCAACUCUGGGGCGGAUCCUAUAAAACCAUACCAUACUGGAGAUGUCAGCCUUACUUCAGACCUGUGAAUGGUAAGACUGGUGACCAGAGAGUGGUUGAGGGCCUCAGUGCUGUCCAGAGUGAUGAAGCACCGCUGUUAGACUCUAAAAAGAGAAAAGCAGAAAAUCUAGUUGAGCAGGACUUGGUCAAAAAGGAAUUGAAGUCCUAA